AUGCCAGCAUCGCCCCUUCUCAGCACCCUGCUUCUGCCCAAGGACCGCAGCCCAGGGCAGCCCUCGGCUCCCAGCCCCUGCGGCACCAGGGACCCAGCCCGGGCGCACCCCGGUGCCGACAUGGGCCAGUCGCUGCUUUUCCUGGGCUUGGUGGCCGCCGUCUGCCUCGGCCUCAACCUCCUCUUCCUCACCGUCUACCUGAUCUGCCUGUGCUGCUGCAAGAGGGACCAGGAGCCCGAAACCAAGCGGCCCCACUCCUGCUGCGUCACCUGGAUGGCUGUCACCGCCGGGCUCAUCUGCUGCUGCUGGGGAAUGGCCGCAGGCCAGCCCCGUCCCCGUCCCCACCACGGCCAUGCCGCCUUCCUGGCUAAUCCCGGGCGGGAGCGGGGCCGGGUCGCUAAUCCCAGCCCGGAGCAGAUGGCGGGCGGCAGCGAAGACCCCUUCAACCCGCAGGCGCGUCGCAUCGCCACCCACAACCCGGCCCGGGGGCAGCUCCGCAGCUUCUGCAGCUACAGCAGCAGCCUGGGCAGCCAGAGCAGCCUGCACCCCCCGGCGCAGACCAUCUCCAACGCCCCUGUCUCCGAGUACAUGAACCAAGCCGUGCUCUUUGGUGGAAACCCGCGCUACGAGAAUGUCCCCCUGAUGGGCAGAGGCUCUCCUCCUCCCACGGUACAGUGGACGGCCGAGGCCCGGCAUUUAAUCUGCUUCGAUGCCUCCAUCCGAAGCAGUAAUGCCCUCCCCGGCUCGCCCCUCACGGGCACGGCGGUGGCAUCGCGGUGGGGCCGGGGACGUGGCUCCGGGCAUGCUGCCGCAGCAGGGACACCGUGCUCGCCUCUUCCGGGGAAGAUUUUUGCCGUCAGGUGA